UACAGGCCGGCAAUCAAGAGGAGGUAAUACUGGCUUUUCUUCCGCGUAAACAGAACAUUGUUAGAAAUUGUUUAAAUCAGAAAACGUUGUUUAAGCGAAGCAGGACGAUGGCUAGCGGAUCGCGUUCAACCAUAUUACCUCAAUCCAAGGAAGCGCUCUUAAAAUCCUACAACGCGCGCUUGAAAGACGACGUUCGCAGCAUGCUGGAAAACUUUGAGGAAAUCCUCAAACUGGCACGCCGCGAAAGCCACAGUCAGAUCUCAAAGACCACUCAGUGCGAGCAGGAUGCUCUGGAAAUGCAGGUCCGCGCCGCCAACAUAGUUCGCGCUGGCGAGUCCCUUAUGAAGCUAGUGGCUGACCUGAAACAGUACCUGAUCCUAAACGAUUUUCACUCGGUCAAUGAGGCCAUCACCAACAAUUCCCAAUUGUUUAGGAACACCCAAAGUGAAUGCGACAAGAAGCUAAUGAAGCUCAGGGACGAAAUGGCCAUGGAUCUGUAUGACUUGGAGGAGGAGUACUACACCAGUAUUUUUAAGUAGCCUUAAAUUGCCUAGCUUAAGUACAUAUUAUUAUUGAUUAGGGGAAAAACAAUACAAUUUUGUUUAUAACUAAUGAA